AUGCUCUGCCUGAAACACAAUCGUUGGUUCAAAAAUAACCUUUUCAGGCAUGGAGCUCGAACACCUAUCCUAUCGAGCAUCGGCUUCUGCAAGAUCGCGGACACCUCCGCAUACGAAUCUUAUGGUAUUGGGGAGUUAACGAACGAAGGCAAAGAACAAGAAUAUAAAUUUGGUUCGUUUUUGAGAUACAGGUAUAACGAUUACUUGUCAGCCAGAUACAAGUCCGAAGACCUUUACGCUUACGCAAGUGAUGUGUCACGCGUCAAAGCGUCACUCGAAUAUGUUCUCAACGGACUUUAUCCGCCAGUUCAACCUGCUAAUUGGAAUGCUCAGUUGAAAUGGUCUCGCGUACCUUAUAUAUACACGCCUAAGAACUUGGACACAUUUCUGGGAAGUUUCAGACACCCGAAGUUUCUGAGGACUGUUUUGCAAAACUUGAAGUCUCGUGAAAUUAGAAGUCACCUCGCCACUCACUCGAACCUCAUCAACUUCGUGAAGCAGAAAGAAGUAAUUAAGAAUUGUAGCAGUUCAUUGCUACAUAUAGCUUUAGCGUACGACGUUCUAGUUGCAAAUGAGCACAUGAAGCUACCGCUGGCGAAAUGGUAUACACCCGACGUGAGGGAACAUCUUGAAGAACUAGUAGAAUUGGCGUUGGAUACCCUGAUUACAGGAACGAAAGAAAUGCAAAAGCUUGGCGCUGGUUCUCUCGUGAAAACAUUUAUCGGGAAUUUGAAUUUGAAUGGGAAGAAUGAAAAGCCGAAAAAGAUGUACUUAUACGCUGGUCACGACGUCAAUUUACAUCUGUUCGCUAGAGCACACGGUCUACAACCAUUUCGGAUUCCUCCUUUUGGCAGUGCCGUAAUAUUGGAAAAAUUUCACGAUCCCAAGAAUCAAACGUACGUGAGGCUGCUUGCUUGGGACGGGAUAGACCGUAUACGGAGCUUGAAGCUCGAAGACCACUCGGAAUUUUGUCCAGUCGAAGAUUAUUUGAGAAUAACCGAGGCGAUGUUGCCCUCGGAAAAAGAAACCGACGAACUUCUCGACGAAUUCCUGGUUGGCAGGAGUGGCAAACGAAUCAGGAGCCUACUCUACGAUAUUUCAAGUGGCUUAUGAGCCCAGCGCAUUUGUCAUUAUACGCGCGCGCGCGUCGGUCAACGCCCACAUUCGACGUGCGCGUUACAGGCACGAGGCAUCGGUCCGCGGAGAAACAGCAGCGAGUUUAAAGAGAGAAGGCGCUGGAGCUGGCGGCUCCUUGCUCUUGCCCGAGAGCACUUUCCAUUUCAAGGGCGAACAACGCGCGCGCACUCACGAGCAAUUUGUAUAGCAGCGGGAGUGGAGGAUCGAUGCAGGCUGGGAGGAUAUAUAUACGAGUACAUGCGCGGGGUGCCGUGGAAGCUCCGACCUCUGCUUCGUUAGCGUCGCUCGGCCGAGAGGCAAACGAAUGCCCAUCGUCAAUUCCGAGAUUUGCUUCUUUUCAGGCGCCUCCGAGUGCAUUUCGGCCGUAAUUGAACAAACAAAUAGGCAGAGCGCAAAUCCGAGAACGAAGCCCCGCCGGCACACUGCCGGGCGCAAUCGAACUAACGUCUCCGAAUGGCUUGAGUCGCGCGCCUCGACUCCUACGUGGCCGUACGAUAGAUAUAAACUUGCGUGCUCAUCUCUCGCUUCGUCGCACCCCAGCGAUGCCGCGAGUCGCGUUCAAGGCAACCGCUUCGAUGUAAAUGAGGCAUCGACGCAAUGCACGUAUUAACGUUCAAAUCGCGAGCUCGCUGCGGCUAAAGCGCUUCCAAGUCAUCGCUUGUUCGACCGAAAGAUCAAUACCAAUAAUUUCUAUUAGUCGUGAUAUUUCUAUUGAAUUGCUUUAGACAUUGUAGACAUGGUCAUUUUUAACCAUGCAAUAGAUGACAACAUUUUUGCGACGUACGUUGAGUUUUCCGGGAUGACAAAUUUAUCUUUUUUCAUGAAUUAUUAGGCGAAAAGUUUUAAAAUCACAAUUAGCUUGCAUUCAAAAUAUUAAGAGUUGCGUUACAUAAAUUCUUCACUAUUUGCACGAUUGUUCACCUAUUUAAUACCGUGAAUCUCAUUCCGCCUGUUAAUUAGCUCGUUAUGUAUUUCUUCUCCGAGAAUCGCUCAAGCGAAUCUUAAUAAUGAUAAUUAAAAAAUAAGAACAUGCAAAAGUUGUAAGUACGGUGGGAUAUUGUUAUACGGCUUUCUCGACGCGGAACUCGACCUUCUAGCUGAAAUACACGUGUUUUUGCCAGGCGACAGCAAAAAUUUUAUCGAAUAGCAAAAACGAAGUAUUUGCACGGAGCAUGAAAUUCUAAUGACUGAAUUGGCGGCUCGUCAUCUCUUUUCAACUGAAAUGAUAACUUUUCUG